GAGAGCCUGCCCCUCUGGUGGUUUGAUCCCUCCCGCGCCAAACUCAUCUCCAGUCUGCAUGAUGGCUCAACUAAACCUCCCAAAAACUCUAAUAGUCGCCUUAAAGGUGAUGAACUGUUGACAUCACCGGCUGUUGUCAAAUGCAUCACAUCCUGCGCACUGGAAAACUUUUACUGGGAAACACCCAUAAGUCAGCCUGGAAAAAGUGCUACUCUAGCUUUGCCAAGAUGAUGCGGGCAGUGUGUGUCGACGUACCAGGAGGACCUGAGAAUUUACUGCUGCGAACUGUCCCGAGACCUCAGCCUAAAGACGGGGAAAUCCUAAUUAAAGUUCACGCAACUGCUCUCAACAGGGCCGACUUACUGCAGAGGCGAGGACUGUACCCACCUCCCCCUGGUGAGAGUGAUAUCAUAGGCCUGGAGGUGGCUGGUACUGUGGAUACUCUGGGCCCAGGGGUGAAAACAAGCUGGAAGCCAGAUGACAGGGUCAUGGCCUUGCUCUGUGGAGGAGGAUAUGCAGAAUAUGUUGCUGUGCCUGAGGAGCUCCUCAUGCCCGUUCCCCCUAAUCUCACACUCUGCCAGGCCGCUGCGAUCCCAGAGGCCUGGCUCACUGCCUUUCAGCUGCUGGUUUUCGUAGCUCAGGUGGAGGAGGGUGAAGUGGUGCUGGCUCAUGCUGGAGCCAGCGGAGUCGGAACAGCUGCUGUUCAGCUGGUUCGUCUGUUUGGUGCCGUGCCCAUCGUUACUGCGGGGACCCCCGAAAAACUGAAGAUGACUGAGAGCCUGGGAGCAGCAGCUGGGUUUAACUACAGAGAGGAGAGCUUCGCGCAGGGAGUUCAUGACUUUACAGGAGGCAAGGGAGCAAACGUCAUCCUCGACUGCAUUGGUGGGUGUAACUGGGAGCAAAAUGUGAGCUCUUUGGCCACCGACGGCCGGUGGGUGCUGUACGGCACCAUGGGAGGCCGGGCGGUAGAGGGAGAUCUGCUGGGCAAACUGCUCUCCAAGCGUGGCCGCUUGCUCAGCAGCCUCCUCCGCUCUCGCAGCCUUCAGUACAAAGCAGAGCUGGUAAAAGCUUUCUCACACAGAGUGUUACCGUGUUUCUCAGACCAGACAUCCUCCCUGAGGCCAGUGAUUGACAGCACGUUCAACCUGGAGGACAUCGCAGAAGCUCACAGGCACAUGGAGGCCAACAAGAACACGGGGAAGAUUGUCGUUAAUGUGAUUCCACAGAGUGGGGAAACUCAGCUGCAGUGAUAUUAACACACGUAAUCACUCUGAAUUUGAUUAAUCUUACAACACAGUGUUAUUUGUUUGUUGAUCAUUAUUUUAAAUAUGUUUUAUCCACCAAUCCACCAAAGAUGAUUUUUGUACAGUGCUGUUUCCUCUGUAGUGUUACAUAGUGAUUAUUAACCCACAACUAAAUGUUUACUGUAAUUAUUACUCCUUAUUGCACAUUAGUCUUAAAGCACAACCUUAAUAAAAUGCCACCUUGUAUUUCACUGCACAUACAGUAUUGAAUGAGCAUAUUAACAAAUAAAACCCUUGAAUCUUUGAGUUUUGAUGAUGAUUAGUGUAUUGGUAUCAGUGGUGGAAAAGCAAUUUAAGUGCAUUUACUCUAGGUUUUACCACUUUCUACCUUUUACUUGUAAUGGAGUAUUUUUAUAUUGUAGUGUUGCUGGUUGUACUUAAUAUUAGAAUAUUACAAGUAUGAGCAGGGUUGUUUUAAAAAUGUAAUCUAAUACAAUUACGAAUUACCUGUUUAAAAAUGUAUUCAUUAAACUAAUCCAGGUAUGACAAUCAA